CCAACACUGUGCACCAAAAAGCAGAAGUGAUCAGGAGGAUGUGUGCCAGACAGCUCACUUGUGUCCAGGACUAAGCGGUAGCACUUUGCUGUUGUCUGUGAUUCGGCCGUCAGCAUGGAGGAUACCACAGCCAUAGUCACCACAGUCCAUUGUGCACCAGUCACCAAAGCUGCAAAGCAACAGGCCCCAGGUGAUGAGGAGGACGAGGAAGCCGGGGGCUGGGACAUAGCGACAGAAAGCUGGAACACACAGAGUGCCGCUUCUGCUGCGAUGAAACUCCCUGUGCUCACGCAGCCUGGCCUGGGGGUAACCACGACAACAGUGACCACCAUCACUCAGACGGGAGGGGAUUGGAGCAGCAGUCUGUUCAACGUGUGUGGAGACAGGACCACAUGUCUCUUAGGGGCCUUUGUGCCCUGUUGCUUGGACCUGAGUCUGGCCCACCAGUACGGGGAGUGUCUGUGUCUGCCCCUGCUCCCUGGCUCCACAUUCGCCAUGCGGGUGGGCAUCAGGGAGAGAUACAAGAUACAGGGCAGCGUCUGUGAGGACUGGACUACAGUGUAUUGCUGCUACCCCCUGGCCAUCUGUCAGAUGAUCCGAGAGAUGAAGAGGAGGAUGAAGAGCCAAACCUACAAGGUAUCCACUGCACUAGAGUGUUCCUGACAACAUGGCUGUCUGUGUGUUAGAUUCAUUCAUCCAGGUCAGGACCACAUCUUAUUCAUAUUACAAUAUUCAUGAUCUAACCUUGGUACCUAUAGCAAACUUGGCUUGUGUAUAGAACCUUCAGAGGCUCAUGUCAUUUCAUUGGUGCAUCGCUGAUGUCUGCAUAUGACUAUGUCACAGAUGGAUGGAUGAUUACUAUGUCACAGGUGGAUGGAUGAUUACUAUGUCACAGCUGGAUGGAUGAUUACUAUGUCACAGAUGGAUGGAUGAUUACUAUGUCACAGAUGGAUGGAUGAUUACUAUGUCACAGAUGGAUGAUUACUAUGUCACAGAUGGAUGGAUGAUUACUAUGUCACAGAUGGAUGGAUGAUUACUAUGUCACAGGUGGAUGGAUGAUUACUAUGUCACAGCUGGAUGGAUGAUUACUAUGUCACAGAUGGAUGGAUGAUUACUAUGUCACAGAUGGAUGGAUGAUUACUAUGUCACAGAUGGAUGGAUGAUUACUAUGUCACAGAUGGAUGAUUACUAUGUCACAGAUGGAUGGAUGAUUACUAUGUCACAGAUGGAUGAUUACUAUGUCACAGAUGGAUGAUUACUAUGUCACAGAUGGAUGAUUACUAUGUCACAGAUAGAUGGAUGAUUACUAUGUCAAGGAUGGAUGAUUACUAUAUCACAGAUGGAUGAUUACUAUGUCACAGGUGGAUGAUUACUAUGUCACAGAUGGAUGAUUACUAUGUCACAGAUAGAUGGAUGAUUACUAUGUCAAGGAUGGAUGAUUACUAUAUCACAGAUGGAUGAUUACUAUGUCACAGGUGGAUGAUUACUAUGUCACAGGUGGAUGAUUGCUAUGUCACAGAUGGAUGGAUGAUUACUAUUACAGAUUACUGUCACAUCCGUCUAAAUGGUGAUUAUUACAGGUCUCUAUGGGGGUCAUCAUACUACAGGUUCCCGUUUGACGUCUUAUGAGAGGCCUAGUGAUCAUUCUAGGGUUUCUGAGGACAUCCCUGUUUAAGAUGAGCCGGCAUAUGUAAAAUAAAGUAUUUAAGUUAAGAAUUAAGUUGAGAAUGUAUUUGGGGAUGGGGACUUAGGCUUAGUAUUUGAGCCUGUGUAGGAUGUGGAACAUCAGUGAAACUUUACCAGACAAUGUUUCAUAAAUGUUUGCAAAGUAAAAUACAAUUCCUAACCAAUUGUAUGAAACAGUCCAUGUAGGCUAAGCCAUUAAAUAAU